AUGGGCGUUACGGCUAAAAUUCUGGUCUUGAUACUGGCCAUCGGCGGUGGUCUGGUCUACAAGAAAGCGAGCCAACUGUGGGCCGAUCUGCCAGUUCCCCAGCUGGAUCCUCAGGAGUGGUGGGGCGAUGAGGCGCAGCCCAAGGACUAUGCCGCCUAUUUAGCCAACAAUUCGGAGGUGAUAGGCAACCGACUUAGUUACCCCGAGAAGACCAUUGACGACUUGAAGAGCCGCCUGAAUCGCACCCUGCGCCUUACGCCUCCGCUCGAGGGCGUGGCCUUUGAGUAUGGCUUCAAUACCGACUACCUUAAGGAGGUCGUGGAGUACUGGCGCGAUGACUACCUGCCGCGUUGGCGGGAACGCGAGGUGUUCCUGUGGCAGUUCAACCACUUCACCACCGAUAUUCAGGGGCUACGCAUGCACUUCCUCCACCUGAUGGUUUACGAUGACAACAAAGUGGGCAAGCAGCACUAUCCGGUGCUGUUGCUCCACGGCUGGCCGGGAUCCGUGCGGGAGUUCUACGACCUCAUCCACUUGCUGCACCAGAGCAACCUGGACAAGAACAACAAGUACAUCUUCAACGUGGUGGUUCCCAGUUUGCCCGGCUACGGCUGGUCGGAGGGCACCUCGAGGAAGGGUCUGGGACCCGCUCAGGUGGCCGUGAUUAUGAGGAACCUCAUGCUGCGCCUGGGAUACGACAAGUUCUUCAUCCAGGGUGGCGAUUGGGGCAGCAUCAUUGGCAGCAACAUUGCCACCUUAUAUCCGGACAACGUGCUGGGUUACCACUCGAAUUUGUGCAACAACAUGAGUCCCAAAUCCCUGGCAAAGGGUGUACUAGCUGGUUUUUGGCCCAGUUUGUUUGCUCCCUCUGGCUUCGAGGACUUCUUCUUCCCGAAGUCCAAUGAACUGCGAUACCUGAUGGAGGAGAGCGGCUACUUCCACAUCCAGGCCACCAAACCGGACACCAUUGGAGCCGCACUCACCGAUAAUCCUGUGGGCUUGGCCGCCUAUAUCCUGGAAAAGUUCUCCACGUGGACCAAUCCCAGCUAUCGGUCCUUGAAGGACGGAGGACUGACGAAGCGCUACAAAAUGGACGCCCUGUUGGACAAUCUGAUGAUCUACUAUCUGACCAACUCCAUCACCACCUCGCAGCGUCUCUAUGCGGAGCAGUAUGCGCAGGCGCAGCGGGAUUUGCACCUGGAAAGAGUUCCCACUCCAGUGCCCACGGGUUGUGCCCGGUUCAAGAGUGACAUUAUGCAGUUCCUGGACUUCCAGUUGAAGGACAAGUUCACGAACCUGGUGCACAGCACCUACCACAAAAAGGGCGGUCACUUUGCCGCCAUGGAGGUGCCCAAUGUGCUGUACAAGGACUUCAUAGAGUUUGUCAAGACGGUGGAACGUAAAUUUAAAAUUAAAACGCUGUAAAUUUUGUACAAUAAAGGCACUUCUUUUUCAAAAAA